AUGGCGUCAGCAGACCCGUUGUUCAUCAACUAUUCCCCAACCGGCAAGCUUAGUCGCAAGGAUCGGUAUAAGGUGGCGCAACACAUCAGCAGGUACCAUCGCAACAGAUCGAAACCGAAUCUCAGGAAUAAAGCAGGGCUGUCCUUCGUCGAUGAAGCUGAUGGUGCUUCAUGGAUUUCGGGGGCUGGCCAUGAGGCAGGACGCCACCAGCGUGUCGCAGCUGGCGCCAGUACAUCCAGUUCAGAGGACUUCAUCGCUACUGGCGACAGAGCGAACAUGCAACGAGGUGGUCCGUCCAAUCGUGAUCUCCCACAUGACGGUCAUGGCGCUUGGUCCGACCCAUUUGCCAGUCUGCCGAUCAGAACGCGUGGUGAUGUCGGUCAGACCAUUCAAUUCUUCGCCAAAGUCUAUGCUCCAUACAGAUAUAUGAUACAAACCAAUCUGCCUCCCAGCGAGCAACAAUGCCAUGUCCAGGAGUACUUCCGAUUCGCGAUGCAGCACGGUGGAUUGUUUGCAGCUCUGCUCGCAGUAUCUCGAUGCCACACCUCUGUCCUGCAAGGCUCUGCAACCGUGGGAGAUGAUCUGGUCCUGUACUACUAUGGUCAGGGCAUUUCCAGUCUGCACAAGCUCUCGGUGGGCCGCUCCAAAGACACGGACAGUGCUAUCGUCGCCACCAUAAUCACCCUGAUGAACGUUGAUUUGAACAUUGGACGUGAGAGCUCGUUUCACGUCCACAUGCGCGGACUGCUCAAUGUAAUCAGGGACGCUGGUGGCCUGAGAGCAUUGCGCUUCGCCACGCUCAACCAGCCCUUAUCACACAUGUUGUAUGCUUAUGAUGCGUAUCUCAGCCGUUUGUUCGAACCAGCACCGGCCCGCAAAGAGUAUACAAUUUUCGCGGAACAGAUGCCGGCGGCUGACAAAACACACGACACUCCCCAGAUACAAGCACCAGCUGACCGGAAUCCGCUUCUUCCAGCGUUGGUCAUCGGUCUCAGGGCUCGUGGGUUAGUCUCGGACGAGACCGUAGAUCUGUUCGUUCGCGCAAAGGCACCAUUGCAGCACCGAGCCACAUCGGACGCAACAACAUCAACCGCUCUCAGCUCUCCUGGUCAGUACCCUGGCUCCCUCAAUCUUGAGGUCCUGGAACAGCUCACCGUCAUGCUCAAUCGGACAAGCUUUGGAUCAGCAGAUCAUGUUCUAUGCCUGGCUUUGUUCUACGAGCAGAUCGACACGUCGGCUAUGGGCCGCUCAAACCAGAUCGUACACCGUGCAGCGGUAGAGCAUGCCCGGAAGCUCUUGCGGACGACGGUGGACGCUAUAAAUGGGCCUGACACAGGUCUCCUGUUGAUCUGCCACGUCAUGGUGAUCAGAAUCAUGACAGUAGCUGGGCCUAGCUUUGCGCGAUCUCACAAAGUGCUGAUCUCAAAUGUAGUUGAGCGCGUUGAGAGGCUGCUAAGCCAGACCAAGCUUGGCUUGGUUGCUAUACUAGAAGAUUAUUACCUGACUGCUGAGCCUGUGGAGAGCUUGCUGGAAGCAUGGGACCUUGCAAAGCAGUAUCAGACAGGUCACAGAUAA